AUGAAUUAAAAGAGAAAUAAGAGUAUAAGCAAGAAAAAAAAUUUAAUUGCAAUAAGAACUUAAUAACACAAUAAAAUAUUAAGAGAAGUAGAGAUUAGAAGAAUAUACAACUUUUAGAAAGGCUCGUACAGAAAGAAUUACUAAAAGAGAAGGAAAAGCAUGUAUAAUUAUGAAAAGAAUAACAAAUAAAGCAAAAUAAAUUGUUUAAUGAAUAAAUCUAAAGUGCCUAUCAGCAUAUUGGAUAUGAAAUCUUAGUACUCUAUUUUGAUAUCUAAAAGAAAUUUCAUGAUAAUAUAAUUCAUAUAUUUUGAUAAGUAUAUUGAGUUGUAAUUUCAAAACGGAAAAAUAGUAUCGAUAAUUUUGAGUCACUGGUUGAUUAAUUGUCAUACAACUUAUCACAAAUUGAAAAUUGAGGUAGAAAAAUAAAAAACAAGGUCUUAUAGAAACAGCAUAAUUUAGUAUCAGCAAUCAAAAAAUUUAAAGAUGAUCCAAAAAGAGAAAAUGCUAAGUUAGUAAAAGAGAGUUUCAAUAAUAAUUCAGAAUAAAAUCAAUUGUAAGAGAUAGUUAAUAAAACAAACUUUAAAAAUAAUUAAUUAGGAGAAUAAAUCUAUUAAUUAAAUUGGAAAUAAAUUUCUGAUUAAAAAAAGAUUCUCGUCUUAGAUUGAUUAGUUUUUCAAAUGA